UCAAGUAUCGGAAAAGGCUUGUCCUCCCAGGAACCCAUCUAUGGAUACUUUGGUGUCUUCAAAGCCAGAUAGACCUACAGGUGGACUAAUUCCGUGACUUCAUGAGAGGGGAAUAAUUUUUGGACACUUUCUGGCCACCAUCUACCCAAGUGGAGAUGUCUGAGGAAAAUAUGGGGGAAGAGUCGAGCAGCUCCCCUGUCUCUCCUGUGGACAGCCUGAGCAACAGCGAGGGGGAGCUGGACAGACAGCCGAAGAGAUGUGGGAGGAAGAGGAGACCGAGCAGGAAAAACGGGGAGGACUCAGAUAGCCCGACCCCUGGGAAAAGAGGGAAGAAGUCCAGCAGCAGCAGCCCCCAGUCUUUCGAGGAGCUCCAAUCGCAGCGGGUCAUGGCCAACGUCCGGGAGCGACAGAGGACCCAGUCUCUCAACGAGGCGUUCGCAGCUUUGCGGAAAAUUAUCCCCACUCUGCCCUCGGACAAACUCAGCAAAAUACAGACCCUAAAACUUGCAGCCAGAUACAUCGACUUCCUCUACCAGGUGCUGCAAAGCGACGAGCUGGACUCCAAAAUGGCAAGUUGUAGUUAUGUGGCUCAUGAGAGGCUGAGCUACGCCUUCUCUGUAUGGAGGAUGGAGGGCGCUUGGUCCAUGUCAACAUCUCACUAGCACCUGGAGAAAUUAUGCCCUAAAUGGUGACUGCUGAUUCUACUUAUGACAUUCUGACGGGACAAAUCUGGAGUCCAAUGCUGGAUACAUGGGAUCACUCUAUUUAAACCAAAGACGACAGAAGCUCUGGGGAUCAUUCUGCAGAGGCCCGAUAGGGACUUGCAGCCGUGUUUUUAGCUCCAAUCACCCCCAUUCUGAUGUGUUUUCAUGUUGUUGACGACGAAUGUUGAAAAUAUCAUGUGUUUUGUUUUUUUAAAAGAAAAGUUUUUAAUGCAUGCCUUUGGACUUAUUUCUGUGGAGGUCAAAGUGCAUUAUUGAAGCAGUUGUCUCAGUUUUUGGUGUGAGACUGUCAACUGGUGGUGUAGCUCACAUUAUAGGCUGACUGUGUGGAUCUAACCUGUGCAAAAAAAAAAUAUUUUCAGAACAUUUAUUUAUUUAUUGGUGAAACGUGUUACAUUGAGGAAUAGAUCCUGUGUCUGAAAUACAAAUACAUUCCUAUUUUUAUUAUCGAUUUUUGUAAAUGUUUGUACAUUUUUUUGCAUUAAAGAAAAUGACGAUGAAAGUG